AUUGAGGUUUUUACUUUUGUCCUUCUUUACAAGUUCUCUUUUCAGUAUUAUUCUAUUCAGCGCUUUAUUAACCGUUUGCUUUUUUAUUGUUCAUACUAUCAGUCUGGCCUUCGACAUACAUAUAGCAAUCAUGCCAGUAGCCGACAUAAAUACGAAGGAGGCAUUGAUACAAUUCAGUGAUGAUGGCACUUCUAGCAAUUCUACUGGAAAUGACUUAUCCACAAGAAGGCCCUCUGAGGUGCUAUUAUAUGCAGCAAUGCAACAAGAGCAGCUUGAGCUUCAGCAAAAAUCACGAUGCGAGACAGCUAAUAGUUGUAGUUUAAAUAGUAAGAAAAGCUCACGCAACUCAGUUUACGAUGAGCCGGAUAACAAUCAAACUGUUGCAGUUGACGUUGAUAUUAGCAGUAGCAACGACAUAAAUAAUGGCGGCGGUAUCAGCAUGGAUAUGAAUAAUUAUGCAAAUGCGAACUUUUGCUUCAGUCUCUCUACGGACCCGUCAACGUCCACUACACCCUCUGCUUUAAACACACCUGAUAAUAAUAGCACAGUGCCAUUUCUAAAAAACUCUUUAAGCGCCAUUCUUGAUCUCACUGAUCAGCAAGCCCAAGCCAUCAUGCAUCCGCUAAACACCAAUACUGCUUUACAACCAAUCACACCUAUGUUAGAAGAUACGAAAGAAGAUGACUGGAAUAUCGAUCAUCACACAACUGAACCUAUAUUACAACCGCUGGAGAAAUUGAAAAUAGAACAUGCAAAUUUACAAUCACCCACUCGAUGCGCAUAUACAGAAAAGCAAAAUGUGUCUGCAUUGCAAGAACAAGAACAGCAGAAGCCACAAUCAAUGGUAUCACAUCAAAACCAACAAUUGCAUACCUACCAUCCAGCUUCUUACGACAGCACAAGUUCAUCACUUUUACAUCAAAGCACGACCUUUUCCAGAGCCGAUCAUCCCGACUCCACCUACAUCAUUAUUGCUCCUCAUGCCCAACAUGAUAAGACUCGUAUAGACUCUGAAAAUCAACAAUUAGGCGACGUACUAAACUCUUCUCAUAGUAAUAGUAGUGCUAGUCAUCUUCUCAAUACAUCAACUGGAAGCUAUCCAUUUACUCAAAACGCAUUGCCUUCCCACACACACAGUGGCACUACUACUCCCACUAGCAGUACUUUUGGGCCUCUUCUACCAAUGAAUUCGGACUAUCUACAUUCUACCUUGACCUCUAUGCUAUCCUCGAAUGCUAUUGAAGCAACAUCAGUACCGAACGUUUCAAAAUCUACAAAAGCAAUAACUGCAUCAAGAAUAACAUCUUCCAUACCACCUACAGCUAUAAAUACGCCUGCUCUCAAUCACAUUGCAUCAGCUCCGUCUAUACCAUCUUCAUCAUUGACCCCUCCCACUUCCUCUCAUUCAACCCCAAAUUAUUUUACACAGCGCCAUAGUUUACCGAGUAGUAGUAGUUGCAAUGAUAGAAGCAGCAGCAGCAGCAGCACGCAUUUACCGAUCAGGCCUUCUGUUUCGUACGGCACAUUGCCUUUCGCCCUAAAUCAAAACAAUUACAGCAAUGAUAGCAUGCAUAACAAUCUGAACCAUGUUACUCAUAAUGAUAGUGGUCCGAUGAAUAGUACUAUGCUAAAUCAAAAUCAAUUCAAUGGUAAAAGGGCCAUUCUCCGGCAGCGAAGAACAAGUGCAUCGGAUGUACAUACAACACAUCGUCCUCAACGCACGUACGGAAGAAGAACCUCCUCUCAUCCUUCCUGAAGCAAUAUACGGUGCGUACAGAUAUCAAUAGUGUGAAUUUAGAUGAUAUUUCGAUGGACUUUCGAAUACAAAAUGCAAUUUAUCCGAGGGCAAAUGUAGACAAAUCUGAGUAUGACGGAAAUAGGUGGAACUACGAAACCACUUGUAAUCAAUUAGGUUGGAAAUUAUGCUGGCUCAACAAGGAACAACUAUUUGGUAGAAGAGGACUUAUUCAAAGAACCGUAGAUUCGUAUCGCAAUCGUCAUAAAGAAAUGCGGUCUAGAAG